UAUCAGUCAAAGAAAAUGCCUUCUCUUGCCUCCUUUAAAAACCUCUUCAUCUCUUCUAUCGAAGCCGAGACGAAGGACGAAAACCGAUUUACAUGCACGAAACCCGUUUCGGACAUCGAAAACCGUCCGAAACCCGUUUUGUUCUCUGCAAAUCGCAAAGCUUUCAUGGCGGAUGAUCAGGGCCUGAAGGCUCCGAAAGAAGAGAGAGUGACAGAGGAAGUAGAGCAAAUUGAAGAGUCAGAAGAAGAGUCAGAAGAAGACGAAGAGGAAGGUGAGGAGUCAGAAGAAGAGAAGCCUCUUCCCAAGUUACAGGAGUCUUCUCUUACUGUGUCUGUACCCGAUCGUUCUUCGCUGGAAGCGGAGUUACGAGACCAGAGUUCUCAGUCAGAAACCCUAGUUGUACCGCCAUCGAUUCGAUCGUCUAAGAACGAUCAUGACCCUGAUUGUCGUACUUUCUCCCAACUACUCGCCGGUGCGAUGGCGUCUCCGGUGGCGAAUUCCACGGCGGCUUUCUCUGAUGGAUUGGAUGUCAAACCGAUGAUUUCUACUGUCCAUGUCGAUUCCUCAGGGUUUCCGAUGGUCUGCUCACCAGUGUCGCUGGACCCAGCAGGAUUCAAGGGGCAAUUUGGGAUGUCCCAUCAAGAAGCCUUGGCAAGUGUAACAGCUCAAGCUGCUCAAGCUCAGGUUCAAAAGCAGCUUCAGGCUGGGUUUCCAUCUUCUUCUUCAGAGUUGUCAUCAACUUCUCUUACGCAAUCCAUGCCAUCUGAACCAAGUUCAACUCCACAAGAACAAAAAGUCUCACCAGUACCAAAGGAUACUGAUGUUUGUACACCAGAAUUGGACAAGCAGAAGUCCUCUGAUCAGAAAGCUAAAUCAACUCAUGUGGUUAUGAAGGCACCUUCUAAUGAUGGCUACAACUGGCGAAAGUAUGGGCAGAAGCAGGUGAAGAGUACUGAGAGUUCUCGAAGCUAUUACAGAUGCACAUAUUCUGAUUGCCAUGCUAAGAAGAAGGUUGAGUGUUGUGAUCAUUCUGGCCAUGUGACCGAGAUUAUUUACAAAGGUCGCCAUAACCAUGAUCCACCUAGAAAAAUUAGAUGCACCAAAGCACGAAAAUCUGCAUCAGCUGUUGAGCCUGAUGAAGACAGUGAGACCAUAGAUCUUCCAGUCAGAAAACUUGAGUCAGAUCCAUCUACACCUAAAAAAGAACUUAGAGAGGUAACAUUGUCAACCCCUGAAAAGAAACGACCCAUAUCAAGUGCUUCUGAUGGAGGAGCUGGCCUUAAGACUGAGGAAGAACAUAUAGAUGAACCAGAUGCUAAACGAAGGAUCAAGGAUAGCGAUACAGAAUACUCGGCUCCACUUUUUAAAACAGUUAAAGAGCCUAAGAUUGUUGUACAAGCAGCUAGUGAUGUGGGGAUCUCAGGUGAUGGCUACCGGUGGCGCAAAUAUGGGCAGAAAAUGGUGAAGGGAAAUCCUUACCCAAGGAGCUACUACAAAUGCACAUCUGCUGGCUGUCCUGUCCGGAAGCAUGUAGAGAGAUCCACAGAUGACACAAGUGCUGUCAUAAUUACAUACGAGGGAAAACAUGACCACGACAUGCCAGUUCCAAAGAAGCGUCAUGGCCCACCAAGUGCUGCCCUUCUAAUUGCUGCUGCAGCGGCCAUGAAUAAUGCACAAAUAAAGAAGGCCGAAACAUUACCAAAUCGAAGAGCUUCAACCCAAUGGUCAAUGGACAUCGAUAGUGAUUUGGCCGGUGAGAAGGCAUUAGAACUCGGGGGUGAGAAGGCAUUGGAAUCAGCCCGGACUCUCUUGAGCAUUGGAAUUGAAUUGAAGCCCUACUGAAGCCAGAUAAUGAAGUGAGCAAAGUCAUGUGCUUUCUUUAUGCAGCCAAGUCUACUUAAAGAACUUGGGUUUGAUGAAAUUUUGGCUCCCCCUUCCCCCUCUCCCAUGUGUGCCGCCUUUGUUUUCACUGUGGUAUUUCUGUAAGCAGUUAUGUAUAUCCAGUCUUGUACAUCCUCUUAGCUUGUUUGGAUCAGGCUAAAAGCAGCAAGACAUUUAUAGGAUUGUUUUCCAGUACCCUAAGAUAAGAACAGGUUCAAAUUAAUAAUAGCUCAGUUACUUAACGUUGAUCUGCAAA